GGCCGAGGAAGACAAACGCACGACGAGUUUGAAGUUGUCGUUGUUGAUAAUAAUCCGCGAAAUCUCAAUAACCCUCUCUUAAAACCAAAAAAUUAACAUCACACUUUCCCCAGAUCUACCAUCCAAACGAAAUCCUCGAUUCAAUCUUCUCUUCGACGCUUCCUGUUAAUCUUUUGCUUCAACUGUUAUCAAAGGGGGUCUGGCUUCCUACAAGAGGUGUGUAUGUACGGUUUGAUUCUUAGAGCUUGGAAGGAUGUGGAGUUCCAUUGCUAAUUUGAAAGAGAAUCUGAACAAGAUCGCGCUCGAUGUUCACCACGACGACGAGGACGAGGACGAGGAGGAGCUCGAGAUCUAUGGUUCCGCCAAUGGACAUGAUUCGUCGGUCUCUGAUCGGAGGAAUUCCCACCGCUUUGCGCAUUCCAAAUCCGCUUCUCCUUCUCCGGUUGCAAACGGCAUCGAUUCUGCUCUUGAUUCCGAGAUUCAAAGAUACAAAUCUGACAUUAAGAGGCUUCAGGAGUCAGAAGCAGAAAUUAAAGCAUUAUCAGUUAACUAUGCAGCUUUGUUAAAAGAGAAAGAGGGUCAAAUUCACAGGCUGAGCCAAGAAAAUGGCUCACUGAAACAAAAUUUAUCUGCAACAAAUGCAGCUCUGAGUGCAGCUAGAAGUGACACUUCCAGAGCAUUAACUAACAGCAAUUCAUUCAAGGGAAGUGGUGAUCAAUCACCAAACAGACAUUUCAAAUCUAGUCCUCAAACCAAAAACCGUCAUGCUGGAAACCAAAUGAGCAAUGGUAUUCUCUCUAGACACGAUAGUAUAGGCAAUGGAAUUGCAUAUACUGUACCGGCUGAAGUGAUGGAACCUAGAAAUUCACAUUUUCGUGGGAAAGAAAAGGAACUUGCAGAUUUGCUAGAAGAGAAAAAUCGGUCACUGGAAGCAGUUAAAGCUACCCAUCAAUCUCAAUUGAAGCAAAUCAGGAUGGAACUUGAAAAGGAGCGUGACAAAUUUUCAAUUUUACAGCUAAAAUUAGAAGAGGAACAUAUACUCAAUGAAACUUUGCAAGAAGAGUUGCAGUUAUUGAAAUCUGACAAGGAAAAAAGCUCCAUGGAGAUGAGAAAAAUUCACGAUGAAUUGAACAAUAAAAUAUUAGAAAUAAGACGAUUGCAAGCAGAACUUUGUAGACAGGAGAAUGAAGAUGCAGAUGAAUCAGUGGAAAAAUUGAAAACAUUUAUUUCAACACUGGAGAAGGAAAACAAUAAUCUAAAGAUGGAGAAGAGAGAACUUCUGGCUGCACUAGAAACAAGCAGGAAAGCUUCAACUAGCAACGUCUCUUCAGAUGCUUCAGAAUCUAUGAAGGUAGAUUCCUCAGGAAACUUUCCCGGAAAGCAAGAAAUGGAGCUAACAAUGGAGCAAUUAAGAAAAGAUCUGAAAGAAACAUGUCGUGAAAGGGAUAAAGCUUUUCAAGAACUUACCCGUCUUAAGCAACAUUUGCUAGAAAAGGAAUCUGAAGAAUCAGAAAAAAUGGAUGAAGACAACAAAAUUAUUGAGGAACUUCGUGAGAGUACUGAAUAUCAAAGAGCUCAAAUAGCACAUUUGGAGAAAGCUCUGAAGCAGGCAAUUACUAGCCAGGAGGAACUUAAGAUGAUGAACAACAAUGAAAUUCAGAAAUCUAAGGAAAUUAUUGAUGAUCUGAAUAAAAAACUUGCAAAUUGUAUGAGAACCAUAGAUGUGAAGAAUGUUGAACUUCUAAAUCUCCAAACUGCCCUUGGCCAGUACUAUGCUGAAAUGGAAGCAAAGGAACAUUUGGAGAGAGAUUUGGCUCUAGCAAGAGAAGAAUCAGCUAAGCUUUCUGGUCUUUUGAGAGAUGCAGAUGGACGUGAAGAGCUAUCAAAGAGGGAAAAGGAAGAGAUUUUGGCAAAACUUUCCCAUGCUGAAAGGAUUCUAGCUGAAGGAAAAACCAGGGUAAAUAAGCUUGAAGAAGACAAUGCAAAACUACGGCGAGCUCUUGAGCAAAGCAUGACAAGGCUAAAUAGGAUGUCAAUGGAUUCGGAUUAUCUUGUGGACAGGCGAAUUGUGAUCAAAUUACUAGUGACCUACUUCCAGAGAAACCACAGCAAAGAGGUUCUGGAUCUUAUGGUUCGCAUGCUGGGGUUUUCUGAUGAAGACAAGCAAAGGAUAGGUAUAGCCCAACAAGGUGCGGGCAAAGGUGUUGUUCGAGGUGUCUUGGGUCUACCUGGUCGCCUGGUCGGUGGCGUGUUAGGUGGUGGCUCAGCAAAUGUACAGGCCAAUAUUGCCAAUGAUAACCAGUCCAUUGCAGAUUUGUGGGUUGAUUUUCUGCUCAAGGAAACAGAAGAACGAGAGAGGAGGGAAUCUAGGGAUGAGCUUGGCAGAUCCAAAGACGAUCCGAAUGGAAAAAGCCCAAAUUCUGCAGGAGCUAGUCCACCUGUGUUAGACUACAGGGCUGGUGGUUUCUCAGGUUCUAAUUUUUCUUCAAGCCACACGUCAAGUCCCUCGUCUUCUCUGGGAAGUAUUCGGCUAUCUGAACAAUCUGAAUCCGAAUUCUCUAAUAUUCCUCUCACAUCAACAGAGAGUGCCUCUCGCAACUCCAGAUUACCUCCAAAAUAUCUAAAGUAAGCUGGAUCGUGUAAUUUAAUCAAAGGUAUUGAUUCUUUUGUUUAUUUUGUUGCGUCACAAUUCUGUUCAAUCAAUUCUUUUAUACUCCAGGUAAAGGAGUCUCGGCAUCAUGCAUGUCUGUAUACCUACCUCGGUCCAAUUAAUUUGAGAAUAGAUGCGGGUGGAGGGGCAUAACAAGGAUUUGACCUCGGGGGGGUUUUGGCUAUGUAUAGCGGUUUAUAAACUAGACCCGCAAAAUCAAUUCAAAAUGUAUGUGAAUCAGUCCAAUAAAAUCUCAAUCAUAAA